AUGGCUUCCUCUUCACAAUCUUAUCAUUCCCCUAACAAGAAAUUAAUGCGCCAGAAACAAUGCCGUCGAAAAACAAAUCUGAUGAAAAAGGCAUAUGAAUAUAGUAAGAUGUGUGAUGCAGAUGUUUGCGUCGGUAUUCGCCUACGAGAAACAGGUCAAGUAUAUAUUUUGUCCUCAGAUGCUUCGGGCUUUUGGGCAUUUCUCAAUUCCCAGCUGGGUUCUCACUACCCAGCCCCGAAAUUGAUUCCGAACCAAGACAUGGAGAAGGCCAAGGAUGGUACAAACCGUGCUUUGACGCAGGACAAGCUUGACUCUACGGAUGACGAUGUCUUGGAGUAG